GUUUGCUGAACGUCCGACCGCGAGGGGCGUUCGCCUCACCGCUCUCCGAAGUUGGCCGAAUGCCGCUGACUGCGGCCGCGCCCAGGCUCUUGCCGCCUGCGGCAUCCAUCUCCAAGCCAAAGGCCGCCACGCCUCUCCCGCGCAGGGACUUGAUGCGGCUCUUAGGCGUCGUGGCUCCGGGCACCGCCGCUCUCGCCGCCUUCGCCGCAAGCGGCCGCCUGCGGGGCCGCACGGCCUGUGUCACCGGCGCAAGCCGGGGAAUUGGCAAGGGCAUCGCCGUGGCGCUGGGCGAGGCUGGGGCCAAAGUCUUUGUCACUGGCCGCAAGAAAGCGGCGGUGGAAAGCACUGCCGAGCUGGUGACCCGAGCAGGUGGCGAAGGUGUUGCGCUGGUUUGUGACCACGCCGUGGACGAGCAGGUGAAGGGCGCCUUCGACCAGAUUCGGUCCGACGCGGGGAAGCUGGAUGUCUUGGUGAACAACGCCUUCCAAGAUCCCGCGCAGAAGAAUCCCCAGAGCGACCAGCUGCUCAGCAAGGGCGCCAAAUUCUUCGAGCUGCCCUUGGAGGUCUGGGACGACGUGCAUCGCGUGGGCUUGCGUUCCCACUAUGUCGCCUCCUACUAUGCAGCACCCAUGCUGCUCAAUGCUGCCAGCGACAGCUGGCGUCCGCUGCUUUGUGUAACCUCGGCACCUGCGGCGGUGACCUACUACUACGCCGCUGCCUACGGCGUGGCAAAAGCUGCUAGCGACCGACUCGUUCGAGACUUGCAGGUUGAACUUGGGCCUUUGGGUGUGGAUUGUGUGAGCGUCUGGCCUGGCGUGGUCUACACGGAGUUCGUGCAGUCCUUGUACGAGAAGGGCGAUGUGGAGAGAAUCAAUCGCGUGACCGGGGGCCGUGACCCCAACGUGGUCUGCGAGAGCCCCUUGCUCACGGGCCGCGUCAUCGCCAAGCUCGCGGAGGCGCCGGAGCUGCGGAAGCAGGUGCUGAGCACCGGGGGCCUCACCAGCCGCGUGGCCGUGGUGGCGGAGGUGGCGCGGGAUUUGAAGCUGCGGGACGGCGGAGUGGAGGGUAGCCUCGCCAACCAGCUCUAUGGUCCUGACCGGGAGCCAGCGGCCUCCAUCCGAUCUUUAGGCUACUUGCUGCCAGCCUUCCUGCCGGAUAAGCUGCCAGAGGGCCUGCGCUGGGUCGUGGAGCCUGGUGGGCCUCUGGCGAGCAAGGACGUGCGGGUGCCCUUCGAGCUGAUGGCGCAGGACCCCAGGACCGAGGAUCCCCGGCAGCAGGAGCUCAAGGAUUUUGCCAAGGUGCUUACCAACACCGUGUCGGUGCCGGACUGAUGCUCUGCUUUGAUUGGCCGCGACUCUUUUCGCGAACCAUACGCUUGCCGUGCAUUGAGCGCCCCCAGCGCGUAACUUUACAUCUAGUAUGUGCGCUGGUAUCAAAGAGUGUGCGAUGUUGAAUAUCAGCCGCUUAGUAUGCCUUAUGAUCUGACUUAGAACAUAUCACCGUCAUAUGUUUGACUUGCCGCUGCCAUGAAAAUCGGGGUCCAAAGUCGGUCCCGAUGUUCAGUGGCCAACAUUCAGGGUUGAUCCAAAACGUGUGACUCUCUCCCAUAGAGGCUUGUACAUAAACUCCCUGUGGGGACAAGCGUCAAAUCAAAGCCUGACAGGCCAAAAUCAGGCGCUCUUCAGAUGAUUCAUUUGUGGGUGACUCCUUUGGGAGUGCACUGAUCAACCCCACCACGGGUAGUUUUCCGGACGCGAUGGCUGCC